GAAUGAACUAUCACAUCACUACGCGAACUGUCCACGAGCUGUCAAGACGUUUUACUUUUGGGAGAAUGUAGAAACAAUUGAUUUUACACGUUUUAUAUCGUUGUUUUUCUGAGAUUAUUUACUUUGUUUAUGAAGAUUACACACCCGGCCGUCUAACUGUCGCAAUGGCAGCCACGGCCCAAAGCGAUAUGUCCGUGAUCGAGCUGCAGGCGGAGAUCGAGAGGCUCAGCCGAGAGCUCGACCAGGCCAGCAGCGAAAAGAUACAGUCAGCGCAGCUCGGGCUGGUGCUCCUGGAAGAGAAGAGCGCCCUGCAGCAGAGAUACGAUGAAUUGGAAAGCAUCUACGAGAACACAAGACAUGAACUUAAAAUCACACAAGAGGCACUUAUGAAAUUGGACACAACACAAAAAGUCACUACAAGAAGUGGAAUAGAACAAGAAAAUGCCCUCCUCAACGAAUCGGCAGCCAUGGAGAGCUCGCUCACCCUUCAGAUCUUGGAGCUGGAGGGUGAGACCAAACAGUUACGUCACGAGCUAGAGCGCGUGGUGAGCGAGCGAGACCGCUUGCUCGCCGAGAGCUCGGAGCUCGGCGUGGACAAAGCCACGCGCGAGGCCGAGCGAGCGGCGCUCCGCGCUGAGCUGAGGGAAGCCAGGCAACGGGAGCAACGACUGCUGGUGGACAUCGGGGAUCUGGAAGACGAGAACAUAUCGCUGCAGAAACAGGUUUCGGCGCUCCGGUCGUCACAGGUGGAAUUCGAAGGCCUAAAGCAUGAAGUGCGACAACUUCGUGAGGAGGCGGAGAACGCGCGCGCAGCCGCCGAUGAGACGGCAGCGCUGCGCCGCAUCGCUGAACGGCAGCUGGCCGAAGCGCUGGAAGCGCUGCAGGCUGAGCGAGAGGCCAAGUUCGCCGCAAAGAAGGAGCUUGACGCGCAUCUCAGCAGGGAAGCCGCGUACAACAUCACGAAUCUGGCAUUCAGUAUACGAGGAAUGCCAGAAGACAGCACAGAGGACGAAGGCGAGCCGGGUGGCUCCGGGUCGGCGGAGCUGGCGUCGGCCAUGGGCGACCACCACGCCGACCUGUUCUCCGAGGUGCACCUGCACGAGAUCUCGCGCCUGGAGAAGCAGCUGGAGCAGGCGCACAACGAGAACACGCAACUAUCGGCAUCGAUGCGAGCGGCACAGACAACAGCGGAGAGCGAAAGCGCGGCAGCGGCGGUGCUGCGUGCCGGUCUCACGCGCGCUGCCUCCCGUGUCACUGCGUUACACGCGCUGCACAGCGAUUGUGCGCCCCUGGAGGACGAGAAAGUCGAAGGCGGCAUAUCAGCUCGCGCCGGCCGCUGGUUAACCUGGUGGCGCGUGUCAGGCGGCGAGCUCGAGGCACUCGGCGCGGCGCUCGGCGAGCUGGCCGCCGCCGCGCCGCCCGACUCCGCCGCCGCGCACCAGCGCCAGCAGCUGGCGCAGCUCAGCGACCGCCUGGCCGAGGCCGACGUGCGCUGCGCCGCGCUGCAGGCCGACGCGGACCUGCUGCGCACGCUGGCCGGCGGAGCGGGUCGCGCGCUGUCGACGGCGGCGCCGGCGCUGGCGUCGGCGGCGGAGACGCUGGCACAGAUCUACCACCACGUGUGCGCCGUCAACGGCACGCAGCCCGAGCGUUUGUUGCUCGAGCACGCGGGGCACGCCGACGUGGGCGGCUCCGAGGGCCGUUCCGUCGAGGACGAGGCUCUGGCGCUGGCGGCGGGCGAGCUGGAAGGCUUGCGGGCCGCGGGGCUGGUGGCGCGCUCGGCCGACACGCUGCUGGACCAGCUCACGCACCUGCGCGCCGCGCUCGACACCGCGCUCGACUCGCGCAACAGGCACCAGCCCGUUAUGGAGACCGAAGAACGCGGUGCGGAGCUCGCGGAACUCCAAGAACAAGUCAUCAAACUCAAGUCGCUUCUCUCCACGAAGCGCGAACAGAUCGCUACAUUGCGCACCGUCCUCAAGUCCAACAAGAACACAGCGGAGGUGGCGCUCGCCAACCUCAAGUCCAAGUACGAGACGGAGAAGAUCAUCGUCACCGAGACCAUGCUCAAGCUCCGCAACGAGCUCCGUUUGCUCAAGGAGGACGCGGCUACAUUCUCCAGUCUGCGUGCGAUGUUCGCGGCGCGCUGCGAGGAGUACGUGACGCAGGUGGACGAGCUGACGCAGGCGCUGGCCGGCGCCGAGGACGAGAAGAAGACGCUCAACCAGCUGCUGCGCCUCGCCGUGCAGCAGAAGCUGGCGCUCACGCAGCGCCUCGAGGACCUGGAGGUAGGGCCGAGUGUCUCGCUGCUGGCGGCAGGUGAGGACGCUCCACCGGCUGCUGCGCCUCGCCGUGCAGCAGAAGCUGGCGCUCACGCAGCGCCUCGAGGACCUGGAGGUAGGGCCGAGUGUCUCGCUGCUGGCGGCAGGUGAGGACGCUCCACCGGCUGCUGCGCCUCGCCGUGCAGCAGAAGCUGGCGCUCACGCAGCGCCUCGAGGACCUGGAGGUAGGGCCGAGUGUCUCGCUGCUGGCGGCAGGUGAGGACGCUCCACCGGCUGCUGCGCCUCGCCGUGCAGCAGAAGCUGGCGCUCACGCAGCGCCUCGAGGACCUGGAGGUAGGGCCGAGUGUCUCGCUGCUGGCGGCAGGUGAGGACGCUCCACCGGCUGCUGCGCCUCGCCGUGCAGCAGAAGCUGGCGCUCACGCAGCGCCUCGAGGACCUGGAGGUAGGGCCGAGUGUCUCGCUGCUGGCGGCAGGUGAGGACGCUCCACCGGCUGCUGCGCCUCGCCGUGCAGCAGAAGCUGGCGCUCACGCAGCGCCUCGAGGACCUGGAGGUAGGGCCGAGUGUCUCGCUGCUGGCGGCAGGUGAGGACGCUCCACCGGCUGCUGCGCCUCGCCGUGCAGCAGAAGCUGGCGCUCACGCAGCGCCUCGAGGACCUGGAGGUAGGGCCGAGUGUCUCGCUGCUGGCGGCAGGUGAGGACGCUCCACCGGCUGCUGCGCCUCGCCGUGCAGCAGAAGCUGGCGCUCACGCAGCGCCUCGAGGACCUGGAGGUAGGGCCGAGUGUCUCGCUGCUGGCGGCAGGUGAGGACGCUCCACCGGCUGCUGCGCCUCGCCGUGCAGCAGAAGCUGGCGCUCACGCAGCGCCUCGAGGACCUGGAGGUAGGGCCGAGUGUCUCGCUGCUGGCGGCAGGUGAGGACGCUCCACCGGCUGCUGCGCCUCGCCGUGCAGCAGAAGCUGGCGCUCACGCAGCGCCUCGAGGACCUGGAGGUGGACCGCGAGAUGCGGACGCGGCGCGUGCCCAAGGCGAGCGGCGGCGCGCGCGCGCGGGGCCGGGACUUCUAGCGCCUCGUCACGGCGCUCAAGGCCGCCGCCGCCGCCUUGCGCGCGCUGCUCCACGCGCCGCCGCACGCCUCGCGCUAGCUGCCCAGUGCUACGGACGCGCCCAGUGCUACGGACGCGCCCAGUGCUACGGACGCGCCCAGUGCUACGAACCGUUGUGCUACGAACCCACUCGCUGAAUAGCGAUGCGAAAGAUACGUUUUGGUAUUUUUCGAAAGAUUCGUACAUUUUUUAGUCCCGGAGUGACGUGUCCGGUAGCCUUCGCGGUUUCACUGGAUGAUGUAGACCGGAAAUUAGGACACGAUGGACCCCAUCCAGGGUGCUCUUAGUGAAAUAUCGCAGCGCUAGUGCUGCGCAACUGCCGUCAGCGAAGGCCGAGGCGAGUAGUUAAAAUAUCGAUAAAGAAAUUUACAAAUUACUUAGGAAUAGUGCAUAAAAAUCUAGGUGUACUUCGUAAGGUACGUGUAUAAGAACCAAAGGUACUCCGAAGUGCACGAAUCUAUCGAAAGGUACUUUUUCAUCGUUCAGUGUGUCACGCGACGUGACGAAUUGACUUCUAGUGCGGAAGCUACGAAUUUACGAUUACACUCGUGCGAUAGCGCCCACGAAUUCGGCGCCCGCGCGGGACCGGACCAUCGAUGUAUCGACCGGCGCCGGCGCCCGGCCGCCGUACGCGGCGGACUCGGCCAUCUUCGAGGGUCUAUUCCACUUUGAUCACCUGGCUUUGAUGACCCAGGUGAUCAAAGUCCACUUCCAGCGACAAUUUAGUAUCCUUUGAUCACCCACGGAUAUGAUGCCCUGGGUGAUCAAAGUGGACUCCAAUUAAAUUAUUAUUUUAGUGUCCUUUGAUCACCUACAUACAAAUCAAAUAGACCUCUUCGAGAGGUUUCGGAGCGACGAUACCUCGAUCGGAACAUCGGCUUCGACGCCAGCGUGCGCGGCCGGCCGCCGGCCGAGUGAUUUAUACGUUUUGUAAAAUGUAAUGUAAUCGAGCCGCCCCCGCCCCGCCGCGCCGCGCGCCCCCCGAGCCCCCGUGAACCGUCAAACUGUGCAGGGGCGCGCGGCUAACUAAUAUACAGGGUGGAAUUUUGUAAUGCCACCUGGAGGGAAAGUACCCUUAAUACUGCAGAUAGAAAAUUUUACUGAAAGAAAACAUUCCUUUGUUUUUGAAAAGAAAGUGAACUGCAUUCAUAGAUUUUCAAAAAUUAUUCGAAAAUUCACUACCAUACCGUACAAUAUUUUCUGUACAUGAUUAAAAUAGUUUAAGAUUUUAUGGAUUUCCUUUCAUUUGAUUUAUCAAGUUGGUUAGAGAGAUUUCAUCUUUAUACUUGACCCU